GUCAUGGCUCCGAGCGCGUGGUCCUUCCGUGGGAACCUCAACCGGUUCCUCGACGUGCCGAUCUUGCAGUGCCUGAUCGUGCUGAUCAGUCUUUUCAAUCUCUCCCUGUGCCUCUACGAGGACCAAGUUGGUAAAUUCGAUUGGAGGCAGAACUACGUUGGAAAAAUUAAAUUUGCCAGCUUCGACACGGUGUCUACGGCGAAGAAGAUAAUUGUCGCUACCGAGGAGAACGUUAUUGCUGCGCUUAAUCUGAAAUCGGGUCAAAUAUUAUGGAGGCGAGUUCUAGAAAAAGGUUAUGGCGGACAUAUUAGAACUCUAGGAGGUGUCGCUGAUGGAGACUUAAUAUCUGUGAGCGGCGGGGUUCCUGCUGUCGUUCGUGCCUGGGAUUUGGCGACUGGGCAUAUACUUAACGAAUGGCCAAUAGCUGAGCCAAAUAGUGACAGGAUAAAAGAUGUAAAAUGGCAUAUAAAAGAUGGAACGCUGCAUCAUAUAUUACCUAUUUACAAUAGCGGAGUAGAAGUGACAUCUUAUGACAGCAAGACUGGAGAAAAAUUGAAGACUCGAAGAGUCUCGGCAUCGUUUAUAAGUCGUGAAACAGAAUGUGUUUUAGCAGCUCCAUACUUAGCUUGUUUGAAAGGGGAUAGUUCCUUAGCUGUAGUAUUUUUAGUACAUCUAUUCGAUACUAAUGCACAGUCACAAUCAGUUACAAUAAAUACAAUAUUCGGGGCUGGUGCCCAAGGGCCAUACAAACUAGAAUCUGUACUUGGUGAAGGACCUGUAAUUUCUAUUAAUGCCGAUAAUGACCAAAGAAAGCGAAUUUUAGUUAUCGGAGAAUCCCCGACUCCCAUACAGAGAGACAUCACUGGUGAUGCAACUCUUUAUGUUGUCUCUGUUGAUAAUGAGAAAAUACUUUUGGAAACAACACAUAAAAAUGGAAAAAUAGAGAUAACAGCGACGAAUCUGUUAUCAUCUGCACUUAUACCUGAUUUAUCGGUUACUCUGACUCACUCUUCUAUACAAUCACCAACCAUAAUGGCUUCUGUUUGCCCACGACAAACGAAAGGGAUAACAUGUCGUCAUUUGUUAUCUUCGCAAGAUCAUAGUAUUGCGCUGUUGCAGCACAAUAAACUAAUAUGGACAAGGGAGGAAGCACUUGCCAGUAUUGUGGCUGUUGAAAUUAUGGAAUUGCCUAUGUCUGACAGGGAUCAAGCUAUCGAAACUGAAUUCGAUCAGAAAGAAAGGGACGUUCUAAGUAUGUUUCUUCGAAGGGUUACUUCACAGAUUAACCAAGCUAGAGCAUUCUUUCAAACAAUAUUGGAUUUGGUACCUCAACAAUCCAAUCAACGUAUUGAUCUGGUUCAAGAUAAAUUUGGCUUGCACAAAAUGAUCGUAGCCGUUACAUCUGCUGGAAAGCUGUACGGUAUUGAAACUAGAAAAGGCGAAAUUAUCUGGCAAUUCAGGCUACCUAAUCUCCGUGGUUUCACAAAAUUGUCUAAUACAAUGAUUUUGUACGUACAAAGAGGCAGUAGACAUUUUCCUCAUCCACCACAAUGUGCAUUAUUAGCAGAAGACAAGGAAACCGGAGAAGGUGUUAUAUAUACUUUUAAUCCGAUUACUGGACAGUCAUUGGACGGAUUAGUGAAACUUGGUUAUAAAAUAAAACAGUCUAUGUUAUUACACGUAGGGACCGACGACUUUUUGCGUGGUAUCCUCAUUCUUGAUGUACGAGAUAAAGUUCAUGUUUAUCCUGAUAGCGCUACUGCAGUUGCAGCCUCACUCGGGAAAAAUAUAUACCUCUUUACUGCUGAUCAAACAACAGGAAUAUUAUCCGGCUUCUCUCUUUCAUAUAGUACAACUCAGGAACUAAUCGCUCACAAAGUAUGGGAGUUGUUGCUGUCGCCGAGAAACCAAAGAAUAACGCAAGUCAUAGCGAAAAAUCCGAUAGAACGUGUGCACUCCCAAGGAAGAGUUUUAAGUGAUAGAUCAGUAUUGUAUAAAUACAUUAAUCCUAAUUUAGUGGCCAUAGUAACAGAAGGUAUCGGACAUGCCCAUAAAAAUACGCUUAAUUUAUAUCUAUUAGACGUAGUAUCUGGGGCUAUGAUUUUUUCUAUUACGCACAAAAGAGUACGUGGUCCAAUCCAUAUAGUACACUCGGAAAAUUGGUUGGUAUACAGUUAUUUUAAUGAGAAAGGACGUAGAACAGAAAUCGCUACGUUAGAGCUUUACGAAGGAAAAAUACAGAGCAACACCACAGUGUUCUCUUCUUUAGCAACAACAAAAUUGCCAAUUGUAGAAAGACAAGCUUUCAUUUUUCCGGCAUCUAUAGAAUAUAUGCAAGAAACAAUCACAGAAAAGGGUAUCACUAGUAAACAUAUAAUAGUCGCUUUAGCCAAUGGUGGAAUAUUAGAGUUGCCGUGGAUGAUGGUAGAUCCACGACGGCCUAUUAAUCCUGAGAUGCGAGAAGAAGGAGUAAUACCAUACAUGCCAGAGAUUCCAGUCCAUACGGAUGCUAUUAUUAAUUAUAAUCAAAGCGUUUCUAGGGUUAUGGGUAUUCAUACUAGUCCUAGUGGCCUUGAAAGUACUUGUUUAGUUUUUGUACAUGGUCUUGAUCUAUUUUAUACAAGAGUGGCACCAUCUAAAACAUUCGACGUUCUAAAAGAGGACUUUGAUUAUUAUCUUAUAGUAAUAGUACUCGCGGCGCUAUUGAUCUCAUCGUACGUUACGAAAAAAUUAGCAUCCCAAAAAGCUCAAAAGCAAGCAUGGAAAUGAUGCCUUGUUUUUCUAGAAUUGUGUAAUAUUUAUGAAUCUGUUCAUUAUAGGUAAAAAUUUUUCCUAAGAAUAACUUGUAAGAUAUACUGUUUUAUAAAUAGCUAAUUUUAAAACACAAGGUAAUUUCUUAUACUUUAUUAUCUUACCUAAAAAAUUUUUCAA